UAUGUCACUCCUAACCCCCACCUGACUACGAGUUCGCUUCUGGCGAACGUGGCGCUACCUAGACUUGAAGGAGAAGUCGCUUUUAUUAGUUACCACACGGAAUACAACGCGCCCCACUAACAGAUUAUUCCCAGCCGAGUUCGAUGCGCAAUAGUUUACAUUUUCAACGUCAGGAGAAUAUUCCAUUCAACAGGAAUGUGUGCUUUCAUCAUAAAUUUGCGCAACAGCGACCUAAGAGGUACGGGUCUUUCUAGUCGAUGUGAGGUCGCUAUUUGCUAUUUGAUUUCAAUCGGAAAAAAUACCAAAGUAAACAUAAAGUAUGACGCACACUAAAUAUAUGCUACUGGGUUCAUUCGUUCAGACAAAGAAGGAUUGACCUAAGCUAUUCGAAGUUCGAGAAUUUAUUUGUAAUAUUUACCACAUCAGACGUGCUAUGCUAACCCGAGACAAUCAAAACAACUAAAUUUUGAUUAAUGUUGAGUCAUAUGACGUUGCAGUUUUGUCACAGUCAUCAGAGUAUCGGAAGAGGUUUUGUCACACAACAUGUCAUUUCAAAUAGCUUCAUGUACGAGGUUUCAAUAAUUACCUGGUUUAAUUGCAGAACUGUAGGAAAUUAUCAACAUAUAAUAAAUUUGAAAUGACGAUUAGAAUUGAUUCUGACGAAAAAGUGUCUUAUCAGGAAUACAUCAAUAUUUCCAUCAAUGCGCCGAAACUGGUGGUAAUCGAUGACCCACAUGAAAAAUUCAUAGUUUACGAAACAACAGUAAAGACAAACAGUUUAUCAUUUGCGGCAUCGCAUACUCGGGUUCGUAGAAGAUACAGAGAUUUUGUAUGGCUGUAUAAUCGGUUAAAAAGCAUUCCUAACAGAAUCAUAUCCGUUCCGUCAUUGCCAAGCAGACAGUAUUUCUGGAAUUUUAAUUCUGCUUUUCUCCACAAACGCAAAGAGGCAUUGGAAGUUUUUCUUAAAAGAGUGGUGCGCGAAACAAUAUUUUUAUCAAGUACAUCAUUGCAUCUAUUUUUACAAACUGAUUUGACACCUAUUGAAAUGGAGGAUUGCAUCAUCAACGGAAGUGUUGAAGAAGUAAUGAAUACAAAAAUAAAAGUUGUGGAAACGGACAAUGACUUCACGAACUCAUUAGAGAGUUCAGAAGAAGUUCAGGAAAUAUCUAAAUCCGACGACGAAAAUCAAGACUCGGACCCGAAAGGUGAUGAUGAACACCACACUCCUAUUUUUUGGAAAUGCGAAAAAUCCACAAUGCGAAAAGUAGCAAGCCUUCCGAAUUUUUCACCUGUUGUUAGAAAUUUCAAUGUUGGAAGAAGUAUUUUUGAAAAUAAUAAUAACACCACUAUUCAACCACUUGUUGCAAGCGAGUAGCAAUUUUAAAAUUGGCGCUCCAAAAGUAUGUGUACCAAUAUAGAGGUAACUAAUUUUGUUUGCCUAUUUUACAUCAAGUUGUUCAAAGGGACUAAAUCCUAUGGGCAGGGAGUAUAUUUACUUGGCUAACACAGACAGUCCCGAACUCGUAAUAGUUUAAAAAAGGGGAAAUCGGAGUAAAAUCAUGGCCCAAUCCUAACCUGGUACAUAUAAUACGUACCUUGGUACCUUAAAAUUAUUGAUGAAUAUACCAAAGAACUUUCCAAACAUAUUUGUAAAAAUAAAUGUGAAUUGAGCACUAUUCAACUUGUGACAAUUUUCCAAAUUCCACCUUUUUUUUGGUCUAUGGGUAAAAUGAAUGAAUUAUAUAUUUAAUAGCAAAGUUAUAUACAUAUUUUUAUUUUCUUGCGUUAGAACAUACUUCCAUUUUAUUGCUUUAUUAUUUAUUGUAUUUAUUAAAUUCUACAUCGUUAUUUUGAAUUGUUUAUAUCUCGGUAUUGUAUCUUAUAG